CGGAACAAGUACAAGUGAGAGGCAGAGAGCAAGUUUGAUGUGUGUGUGUCGCUGGCUUAGUGAUAAGGCUUCGCCCCUCUACUUUGCUCUUUCAUCUAAUUUUAAACCGACAUGCAGCAACCAGGAAAAAAGUGGCUUAUGAUGAAAUCAUAGCAGCAGGAGGAGAUUCUGGACAAAUUCACUUUUUUUAAAAAAAAAGAGAAAUAGAAUAUUUAAAAAAGGAAGCAAGAAAUUGCAGCCUGCUAAGUCUGGCAAGGCAUAUUGAUUUUUCUUUUCAAAAAGAGAGGACAGAUUCUAUUCCAGCUGUCUUGAUAGCAUGGCGGUCGAGAGAAACAGGAGACUUUUGCAGGAUCUGUUGGAGAAUCCAGGGAACGAGGCGUGUGCGGAUUGCGGUGCCUCGGAUCGUGACUGGGCAUCUUAUACUCUUGGAAUUUUUAUCUGUUUAAAUUGCUCAGGAAUUCAUCGAAACAUCCCUCAAGUUAGCAAAGUGAAAUCUGUUCGGUUAGAUGCCUGGGAAGAUGAUGAAGUUAAGUUUAUGGCCUCUAAUGGGAACACUGCAACCAAAGCAAAAUAUGAGUCGAAGUUGCCGGCAUUUUAUUAUAGACCAACGUUUACAGAUUGUCAAGUACUUCGGGAACAGUGGAUCCGUGCCAAGUAUGAAAGAAAGGAAUUUAUCUGCAUCGAGAAACAGGAGCCUUACUCUGCAGGUUACAGAGAAGGCUUUCUUUGGAAACGGGGGCGUGACAAUGGUCAGUUCUUGAGCAGGAAGUUCAUAUUAUCAGAACGAGAAGGCGUGCUGAAAUAUUUCAACAAACAUGAUGCGAAAGAUCCAAAAGCUGUCCUGAGGCUGGAACAAAUCAAUGCCACUUUUCAACCGACAAAAAUUGGGAAUCCAAAUGGAUUACAAAUUACAUACUUAAAAGACAACAGUACCAGGAAUAUAUUCGUCUAUCACGAAGAUGGAAAGGAAAUAGUUGACUGGUUCAAUGCAAUCCGAGCAGCACGUUUCCAUUAUUUACAAGUGGCAUUCCCUGGAGCUAGUGAUGCUGAUCUGGUACCAAAACUAACGAGAAAUUAUGGUAAAGAGGGAUACAUGGAGAAGACUGGUCCAAAGCAAACUGAGGGGUUUAAGAAACGAUGGUUCACGUUAGAUGACAGGAGGCUGAUGUAUUUCAAAGACCCACUGGAUGCCUUUGCUCGGGGUGAAGUAUUCAUCGGGAGUAAGGAAAAUAGCUAUAGUGUUUUAGAUGGUCUUCCUCCAUCAACCCAAGGGAAUCAUUGGCAAUAUGGAAUUACCAUAGUAACCCCUGACAGGAAGUUUUUGUUUGCAUGUGAAACUGAGAGUGAACGUCGCAUUUGGAUGGAAGCCUUUCAGAAGGUUAUUGACAGGGCAAUGUUGCCCCAAGAGUACGCAGUGGAAGCACAUUUCAAACACAAGCCGUAGAAGAUCCUUGCUUGCUGAGGCUGUGGGCCCAUUAAGACUUCAUCUGCUCGUCACUGUUCUUUUUCAAAUAUGGAUUGUUCAGUGUUUGUGCAGCAGUCUGUUUCCUUCUCCUCCAUCCCUGUGCUCCCCAAAACUCCCUCCCUCCUCUCAACAACUACCAUUGGGAGGGAUGGGAAAGUGGGGUAUAAGCAUUUGAAGAAAAUUAAACUGUAGCAAGAAAGUGAAGUUGAAAGUGAUGUGCAUGUCGCUAAAUUGUAAAAUCAGGAGCAUGAGUUUCACUUCAGCAUUUGGGAUGACUGUCAAAACAUGGUUCAGUUCACAGUACAACACUGCAUGAGUAUUUCUAUUUGUUAAUAUUUAACCACAUUGUUUCCACUGCAGUAGGACACUAUAAAUACAGUGACAUGAAAAGCUUAAGAUUUUUUAAAAUUCAAUCUCAUGUUAUGUACCCACCUGUAAUUGUCCAUUGCUGGUCAUAUGCCAAUUCUCUGUUCGUCAACUUUGUUCUUACAGUCUUCAAGCAACUGUACUUAAGUAUAAAAAGUAAAAAUUAAAUUUAGCUGUACAGACUUUAAUGAGCAGUGAUUCUACAUGAUAAACUUUCUCAAAUGUCAGUAAAUACUUUUUGUUUUAGUUGCAAUUGUGACAACUGACUCACCUAGAAAACUUGAAAUUUUUUUUAUUUCUUGUGUGUAUAUUUUCUGUGGAUUGUCAAAACAAAAAAUGCAAAUACAGGUGUCAGUGAAGCUGAAAAUACAGUCAGUACCUAGUCUCUGUGUACUGCUUUCUUCUGUACAAAAUGUACAGCUUGAAUUAAAUUGUGUAUCUAGGUGUUUUCAGAGGAGUGUGUUCUCAGAGAUUUGUUCUCCAUUUAAAGGAAAUAAUAAUUAGCUUUUUCUGUACUGCGCAGCUUAAAGUUAAAUUUGAGUGAUAUGUUGUGUUCCGUGAUGUUUGUGCCAGAUAAUAGUGUAAUAUAUAAUUACCGUGGUAAACAAUGUAAAAAGCCUUCACAUUGCAACAAUUCUUCCUAAAUUUAAUCUGCAGCUUUUUAAAAUGCAUAUUUUUUAAAACUGACAUAAAAAGAUCUGAAAUUUAUUUUGCAAAGUUGUGAAUUAAUUCUUCCAAUUAAACUACCAACAUCAAUCAAUUUUCUUUUACCAGUGUGCAGUAACUUGAUUACAGUAACAUUAAUACAUUACACUAAAUGCAUUCUUUAAAGGUGUACCUCAAAAAUGGGACCAAUAAUCUUUUCUGAGAUCUAAUCUCAACCCAACCAUUAAGCAUCCCUAAGGUACCUCAAAUAAUAACGUCCAAAAUAUAGCAUUUCUAAUAAUGUAUAGCAAGCUUGUUACAGAAUUUAUUGGAGUAAACAUAAUUGUGUGAUGGAUUUUUUUUUACAAAAUGUCAGUGGAAAUAUGCUCUUAUGAUAUGGUUGUUCCAAUCUUCAAAGGGAAAGAGUAUUGAUAUGAAGAUUCCACUAUAACAAUUUGAUAAUGUGGAAAAGUGGAUUAUGUCAACUGACAUAGAAUGAAGCUGUAUCCCUGGGUGUCACUGAAAGCACACUAGGUAACUAUACACUUCAGGAAACCAGCGCAUCAGGAGAGCAGAUUCGAGAUGAACCUCAGCAGAUGUGUUAAGGCAAGAAGUGAAUUAGGUGAAGGAAAAAUAGUAAUCUACAUUAUAUUCUUUAUUCCAAAUACAGAAUGAAGUUUUCAGAAUCUAAUAUAUUGUUAUGUGCAAUUUGCACUGUUUCAGCCUCCUCAUUUUUGGUCACUUGUACCUCCCUGUAUAGUUCAAUGAAUUCACAGCCAGUAAUAUGAAGAGAUUGUAGCUGAAGAAUCAUGCAUUGGAAGUAACACAAACCCUGCAUUUCAUUUCUUCCUUCUCUCGUAGUUAUUAGGAUUUUUGUAAUUGGUCCAGAUGGCCACUUACAUAUGGUUUUGGGAAAUGUAAAGUGUUAUGCUGCUAACAAUUAAAAUGAAGUAUGCACUGGUAGCUAAAGAAUAAUAGAAUUAAUUUACUUAGUAAGUUUUAAGGUAUCAAAAAAAAGUGGAUAACCAAAAAUUAAGAUACCAAUGGUUACAAGGAAGAGUAAAAUGAAGCAUAGGAUUAAUUAAAGCAUACAUGUUCUCAUGUCCAUUCCAUUUGUUAUUUUAAUAUGGUGUGCAUUUGAUUAUGGAAAUUAUGCAUUAUGUACAGUGGAGAAUAUGGUGCUGAAAUGAAAUACUUAAAGUUAUCAUGGU